AUGAUGGAUGUCGGGAAGGUUGUCACCGAAUUACUGACCGCCAAGCAUUUCAUCAACGAAAUUCCAUGGUUCACUGACUCGAGUGGAGUAGUAAUGGCUACAGGAGCAGUGAUUUAUUCCUUUGAAGGACAGGCACUCAUACUUCCGCUGGAGAACAAAAUGAAACAUCCAAGUGAAAUGCGAGGCUGGGUAGGAGUACUAACGACAGGAAUCGUUUUG